CACAGAGCCGGGUCGGCGCUAUGAAGAGAGCACGAUAGAAAUAUUGUUGUCUAUUUCGAGAUAUCAGCGGCCGAUUAAAAAUAUUGACCGUUUUAUAAUGCCAGUGUGUUUUUGAAGAAAUCCUGCCGAAGUUGGACGAGGAGGGAUAUCGCAUUUGCUAGCGGAACCUACCCAGUGAUGGGAGAUGGAGGACAAGGGACCUCGUGUAGCAGACUACUUCGUGCUGGCCGGUCUGACCGACUCCUCCACGCCACUGGAGCAGGAGAUCCACUUCCACGAUGUCUGCCACAAGACGGCCAAACCCAAGCCACCCAUCACCGACGUCGCUGUGGUGAUGCGUUCGCUGGGGGAAGAGGUGCCUCCUGGGUACACGUGCGUAGACUCCACGCCGUCCGGCCUGUCAGCUGACCUGAACAAUGGAAGCCUCAUGGCGCCACAGAUCUUCCUGUGUUACAGACGAGGACGGGACAAACCACCACUCACAGACCUGGGUGUUCUGUAUGAGUGGAAGGAGAGGUUGAAGCAGGGCUGCCACAUCAUCCAGACCACGCCCUCCGGACGCCCUGCCAACAUAAGCUCCACCUCCUCCCAGAGGAUCUACGUGACGUAUCGCCGCGCCACGGAGAGCCAGACCUAUGCUGCCCUGGCCGUCACAGACAUCUGUGUCAUCAUCCCCGGCAAGGGAGAGACGCCACCACACACCUUCUGCAAGGUGGACAAGAACCUCAACAGCAGUAUGUGGGGUUCCUCUGUCUACCUCUGUUACAAGAAGUCUGUGGCCAAAACCAACACCAUAGCCUACAAAGCGGGUCUGUUUAGCAGGUAUCCUGAGGAGGACUAUGAGUCUUUCCCCCUGCCUGAGUCCGUGCCUCUGUUCUGUCUGCCCAUGGGGGCCACCAUCGAGGCCUGGCCGGCCCAGACCAAAUACUCCCUGCCGGUCUUCUCCACCUUCGUACUGACCGGAUCCUCUGGAGAGAAGGUGUACGGCGCAGCCAUCCAGUUCUACGAGCUCUACUCCCAGGACUGUCUGACCGACCAGCAGCGCUCUCAGCUGGGUCUGAAGGGGCUGGACCACGGGCCCUCUUCCCCAGCCUCAUCCCCAGCCCUGGGGCCCAGGGCUGUACACACCAACAAGUGUAUCUGUCUGCUGUCUCACUGGCCCUUCUUUGACGCCUUCCGCAAGUUCCUCACCUUCCUCUAUCGGUACUCCAUCUCUGGACCUCACGCCCUGCCCAUCGAGAAGCACAUCUCCCACUUCAUGCACAAGGUGCCCUUCCCCUCCUCCCAGAGGCCCAGGAUACUGGUGCAGCUCUCACCUCACGACAGCCUGAUGUUGAGCCAGCCUGUGUCCUCCCCUCUACCACUCAGUGGUGGUCGUUUCUCCACGCUGCUGCAGAACCUCGGUCCGGAGAAUGCUAUAACGCUCCUGGUGUUUGCUGUGACAGAACAUAAGAUCCUGGUCCACUCUCUACGGCCCGCUGUUCUGACCAGUGUCACUGAGGCUCUGGUGGCUAUGAUCUUCCCGUUCCACUGGCAGUGUCCGUACAUCCCUCUGUGCCCACUGGCCCUGGCAGGUGUCCUCUCCGCCCCCUGCCCCUUCAUCGUGGGCGUCGACUCACGCUACUUUGACCUUUACGACCCCCCGCUGGACGUCAGCUGUGUCGACCUCGACACAAACACCAUCUCCCACAACGAAGAUAAGAGGACCCUGACCUGGAAGAUCCUGCCAAAGAAAGCCUGUAAAAACCUGAUGAACGUGCUGAACAAUCUCUACCAGGAACUGGUGGACGGUCAGCAGCGUCCUGAUGGCCUAUUGGAGCUGAGUAUGAAUGACUGUACGGAGCUGGCCUGUGGGAAGAGCCUCCACAGCCUGGAGAUGGAGAUACAGGAAGCAUUCCUCAGGUUCAUGGCGGCCAUCUUGAAAGGCUACCGCUCCUACCUGAGACCCAUCACCCAGGCCCCGUCUGAGAAGGCUACUGACGCCUCCUCUCUGUUUGACCUGCAAGGGUUCCUGAAGAGCAGAGACCGGUCCCACCAGAAGUUCUACUCCCUGAUGACCAAGACUCAGAUGUUCAUCAGGUUCAUAGAGGAGUGUUCCUUCGUCUCAGACAAAGACGCCAGCCUGGCCUUCUUCGAUGACUGUGUGGACAAGCUCUACAGUUCAGAGCGCAGUGCAGACAAAGGAGGCAAGGGUAUGCUGGUGUGA